GUUGCACCUAGAUAUACUAUCAAAAUAGCGAUAUACCUGCGACUAACUGACGUUUGACGGGUCGUGUGCGCUCGCUGUGAUCUUUAUAAAUACAUGACACGGGUAUUGUAACUAUUUAAAAACAGUUUGCGAAUAAAUUGGUAGUCACAAUGGCAGAGGAGGAUCUCAAUGACGAUGGGAAUGAUAUGAACACGAAAUUCGGUUUGAGGUUACGCGGUAGAAAAGGUGCGCUGAAAAAGAAAAAUGUUUAUAAUAUAAAAGAUCACCGGUUUAUACCGAGGUUCUUCAAGCAGCCGACGUUUUGUUCGCACUGCAAGGAUUUUAUAUGGGGAUUUGGAAAACAAGGAUUUCAGUGCCAAGUUUGUAGUUUCGUUGUACACAAAAGGUGCCAUGAGUAUGUAUCCUUUACUUGUCCCGGAGUUGACAAAGGAGCAGAUUCCGAUUUUGAGGACACCCGAACGCGACACAAUUUUAAGGUGCAUACAUACUCAUCUCCUACAUUUUGUGACCAUUGUGGUUCGUUAUUAUAUGGCGUAAUUCACCAAGGAAUGAAGUGCUCAGCAUGUGAUAUGAACGUUCAUAAACGAUGUGAAGAGAGCGUUCCGAAUUUAUGUGGUUGUGAUCAUACUGAACGUAGAGGCAGAAUACAGCUAAAAAUCAACUGUAACGGAAGCAAACUAACCAUAGAAGUUUUGCAAGGAAAAAAUCUCAUUCCGAUGGAUCCAAACGGUCUGAGCGAUCCAUACGUUAAACUCAAACUCAUUCCAGAUUCAGACAAUGUUAAAAAGAAAACGAGGACAAUCAAAGCGAACCUUAAUCCAGUGUGGAAUGAAACGAUAACUUUUGAGCUCAAACCCGAGGACAAAGACCGACGGCUCCUCAUAGAAAUCUGGGAUUGGGACAGAACAUCUCGAAAUGAUUUCAUGGGUUCGUUGUCCUUCGGGAUAUCAGAAAUCCUCAAAGCUCCCGCGAAUGGUUGGUUUAAAUUGCUCACAGAAGAAGAAGGGGAAUUUUAUAAUGUACCCGUUCCGGAAGAAGGCGUUGACAUGGUCACUAUAAAAAACCAACAAAGGAAAGCGUCUAUCACUAAGAAACCUUCUUUGAUGGUUGACAAAGAUGUGCCGCAUAAUAUGGGGAAAAAGGAUAUAAUAAGGGCUAGUGAUUUUAAUUUUUUGAUGGUGUUAGGAAAAGGAUCAUUUGGAAAGGUGAUGUUGGCGGAGAGAAAAGGCACCGACGAACUGUACGCUAUAAAAAUUCUAAAAAAAGACAUCAUCAUUCAAGACGAUGACGUCGAGUGUACAAUGGUUGAAAAGCGGGUGCUGGCUCUUUCGAGCAAACCUCCGUUUCUCGUGCAACUACACUCGUGUUUUCAAACAAUGGAUCGUUUAUAUUUCGUCAUGGAGUACGUGAAUGGCGGAGACUUAAUGUUCCAGAUACAACAGUGUGGGAAAUUUAAAGAGCCUGUCGCAGUAUUUUACUCAGCUGAAAUAGCAAUCGGAUUAUUUUUCCUUCACUCUAGAGGUAUCAUUUAUCGCGAUUUAAAACUUGAUAAUGUUCUUUUGGAUCAAGAUGGGCAUAUCAAAAUCGCCGAUUUUGGCAUGUGCAAAGAAGGAAUCAAUGGUGAUAAAACUACCAAGACUUUCUGUGGUACACCCGAUUAUAUCGCACCAGAGAUAAUUCUAUAUCAACCGUAUGGAAAAUCUGUGGAUUGGUGGGCGUAUGGUGUGCUCUUAUACGAAAUGCUAAUUGGUCAACCGCCAUUCGACGGGGAGGAUGAAGAAGAACUAUUUGCAGCAAUAACGGAUCACAACGUCAGUUAUCCCAAAGGGUUAUCGAAAGAAGCGAAAGAUGUGUGCAAAGGAUUUUUGACUAAAUACCCAAACAAACGAUUGGGUUGUGGAGGAAGAGGCGAAGAAGAUGUGAGGUCGCAUGCAUUUUUCAGACGCAUAGACUGGGAUAAAAUUGAAAAUAGAGAAGUUCAGCCUCCAUUCAAACCUAAAAUUAAACAUCGUAAAGACGUGAGCAACUUCGACAAACAAUUUACAUCAGAAAAAACCGACUUGACACCAACCGACAAACUGUUCAUGAUGAAUCUGGAUCAAACCGAAUUCAUGGGUUUUUCGUUUCUCAAUCCCGAAUUCGUCCAGCACGUUUAAAAUCUCACGGGUUUUCGUUACACCCGAAACCAAAUUUAUAUGUAAUUCGGUCAUUUUUCUUUUUCCGAAAAAUCCGAGUUUCGACAAAUGAAAGUAAUAAAAUGAGGAUGAUGAUGAAUUUGAGUAUGAAGAUCUACAUAUCCAUAAAAAAAAUGAUGAAACAAUAUAUUUAAGGAUGUACCUAACUAUACUUAGUUUAGUAUACUUUUAGACAUAGGCUAUUUUCAAGUUCCGGCACUGACUGCUUCAUAUGUAAAAAUUGUCAGUAACAAAUAAUAUUUAUUUGAUUAUUUUAAAAACUACAUAUCAAUAUUUGAUAUUUAACAUCUUUUUCCCUUUCAGAACAAUUAAAAAUUACUGAUAGAAACAAUGCAACUUUUUUAUCUUAGCUUUAUUUUUUUAAAUAACAUUCUUACACAAUUCGUUCACCC